CUUGGGACUGAAAUCCUUGUGACUGGUAUUGACCCACCAGACAUCCAGUUUGCCCACCCCACCCCCUUUCCCUUGAGAUCCUAAGGAUCUGUAUGAGGGUUAGAGGGGUGGUCGCCACUUUGCCAUGGCUCAUUUGUCUGACACGGCAGGCAAAGACAUGACGAAUGGGGCUCAUCCCAGUGCCCAUCCAGGACCCUCAGGCACCUCUACUCUACCACGCUACCUGCACAAGAAACAGCAGCGCCAGAGAGAAGUCCGAUCCUUUUCUCCUAUGGGCAGGGUCAUCCUCAUUAAUGCACCUGUUGAUGCUGGGGAUGAUAGCGAGGACAUCCACACAAUUACCGUGGACAAAAGCGAGGAUGGAAUAUUGGGCUUCAGUGUACGUGGAGGCUCUGAACACGGCCUUGGCAUCUUUGUCAGUAAAGUGGAGGAUGACAGCUCUGCAGAGCUGGCAGGGUUGUGUGUUGGGGAUAAGCUUGUAAAGGUCAACAGCAUUAGCCUGGAGAGCAUCACCAUGAGUAGUGCGGUAAAAGUCCUGACGGGAAACAAUCGGCUGCGCAUGGUGGUAAGACAUGUGGGGAAGGUGCCCGGUAUCCUCUACUCAAAAGAGAAGAUGACAUGGGUAGAUCUGAUCCGACGAAGGAUGGUAGUGGACGAGAGUGGUCGCACACCUUCAGAGGCCAGUUCAGAUGGAGCCAUGCACAGAAUAUUGCACCUGUACACAACCUCAGAUGACUACUGCCUCGGGUUCAACAUCCGUGGUGGCAAAGAGUUUGGCCUGGACAUCUAUGUCUCAAAACUGGACCCUGGUGGCCUGGCUGAACAAAAUGGAAUUAAAAUGGGGGAUCAGAUUCUGGCAGCCAGUGGCAUUAGCUUUGAGGACAUCACACACAGCAAUGCAGUAGAAGUGCUUAAGAGUCACACUCAUGUGAUGCUGACCAUAAAGGAUGCUGGAAGAUAUCCUGCAUAUAAGGAGAUGGUGGCGGAGUACAGCUGGCUUAAUAAAUUGGCUAAUGGGGUUCAGCCCUCUUCCUCUCAGGGUUCAGACUCCUACUCGUCCACUUCCUCUCUCUCUUCCGGAAUACCAGUCAGCUCAUUCAGUGGACUUUCGCAGGUAAUGUUCCCACCUGUAUUCAGCUCAGAGAUGGUGGAUGUCUGUAUCUCUACUGAGGACUGCUCACAUCGGCCCAGCUCUGAAUGGAUAGAGACUGCAAUCCAGACUGACCCACUGGAGCCUGAUGCCUCAUCGAGAGCUAGUAGGGUCAUAACCACAGAAACCAGCCAAACAGUGGGCAAAACUGUUCUGUUGAAAGAUACAUUGAUCCAGAGUGGGACCGCCCACCCUCGGACAAGGACUAGCUCUCCUAAAACCACAGUGCUGAUGGCUCUCAGUAAACCUCGGAAACCUAUCCGCCAACCUCAGAGUCACAUCACUAUGUCAGAGGACAAGCAGAAGAAAAGAAAACUUCAGAAGGACAAGGUAGUGGCAGAAGGAAGCACACUGCAGCGCUCCAAAACCUUUGUCAGCGGACACAAGAGGGAAAGGUUUUCCUCUAGAGACAGGAAGGACAUGGGGACAGGACAUGGACACAGAGGAAGAUCCAAAUACCCCAAACAUUUAGAUAAUGAACCAGAGCGAGGUCGACCUAUAAUUAACCUGUUGAGUUCUCCCAGAGAGACUCAAGCUGGUAUGAGGGAGCACAGCCCCAUGCCCAGCCCAGAGACUAUGGCCAUGAUGGAGGACAUGGCUCGCAAACUGCUCAAUGAAGAUGAGGUGGCUGCUGUCAUGAGACACUGCAAAAGGUUUCUGGCAGAGCGAGUGGUCGAGGAUCUGGUGUGGCUCCUGCUGGCCAUCUUGGACAAACCUGAGAAGUUACUGCUGCUGAGGGAGAUCAGAAUGAUCAUCCCUCCCACAGAUCUAGGGCGUUUUGACAGUAUGGUCUUGCCCUUCGAGCUUGACGCCUAUGACAUACUAAAAAGCCACUCUGUGAGGUCUCCCGUCCUACGUUCUCCUCGUCAUGGUGGAACACCCCGUCGCCAUCUAAUAAUGUCCAUCCCAGACUACAGGGGUGGAUUCCACUUGCAGCAGGUGCAGGAUCUAGAGAGAGAACAGCAGCUCAUGGAAGAUCUGGAGCGACUGUGCUUGGCAGGCCUACCAACCAGUCGACUUCCUCCUCCUCGAGCUUUCGCUCCUCUCUUGGAUGUACCGGUAGACACAUACAUCACAGAUUCACUCCGUCAUCACUCCUUGAGCCCUCCUCGGCCCAGCUGGCCACACUCAGAGUCCCCUCACAGCACAGAGCAUCGUGGACACUCCCUGCAAAGAAGAGACAACAGUUUCUCCCUGACAUCACACCAUGACUCUUUAUCCAGUAGAGGUGAUUCUGUCCCAGAGCGGGGAAGGUCCCCUUAUAGGAAUGGACAUAGAGCGAAAACGGACAAAUCUCAGAAUGGAAAAGAGGUCAAGUAUACUGUAAUGAGUGUAAAUCGAUGGAGCAGGACACCAUUGAGGCAGGUGUUUGGGCCCAGCUCAGAUCAGGACUGGAGAGAACCAAUGAAUGGACAUCUGGACAGCCAAGAAAGCCCACCAGAGCAAAAGUAUGAAUUGACUACUGUUUCUAUCUCCAAGACCAAACAGUCCUUGGGUAUAAGCAUAUCAGGUGGGAUAGAGUCAAAAGUGCAGCCAAUGGUGAAGAUAGAGAAGAUCUUUCCAGGAGGAGCGGCCUCCACUAGUGAUGUUCUGAAGGCUGGAUUUGAGCUAGUGUCAGUAGAUGGAGAAUCCCUUCAAGGUGUUACAUAUCAGCACACAGUGGACACCAUUCGGAGGGCUUUCAGCAACAAGGCCAAAGACCCCAUAGAGUUCAUCAUCAAAGUUCCUAAGGACCCAAAGGACUUACUGAAAGCAGACUGAAACCGUGAGAUGUGUUCAAAUGUUUUUGCUCUAAUGCUACUGGGUAUAAACAGACGACACAUGCCCAGUACGGAAGAAAAAUAAUGCCAUCAUGCAGUGGUGUGAGAUACGGUCCCCUGAUAAAAAAUUUUAAAAUGAGUGCUACUGGCCAUUCACAUAUGCUGACCUUUUACCUUCCUCUGCAUUUGUGGAAUCUAUUCCUUUACAUUAUAGGAUCAGAAACCCUGUAUAAACAUGAGGUACUGUGGGUUUCUAUUUUUUAUUCUGGUUUAAGCCUCAGCCAGUGAAAUAAGAGGCACACUGGUAUGACAUGCUGAUAAUCCAUCAUAACAUCACACAUCCGGGCAAUAAUUACAUAGAAGGGUCACUCCAUUUUCAUGGCAGAAAUAGAUUAAACAAGGCCACGUUAUGGAUUGAGAUUCAGAUUAGGUCUUUUAAUUUUUUUACUUUUGGUUUGUUUAGUGAAUGUCUAGGGGAUUAUUACAAAUUGCGUUUGAUCUCACUGCAGAUCCCUAUCUCACUCUACAUCCUGUGCAAUAAAUAUCUAAUUUGGCAACAAACCUGUGUGCGUACACACUUAGCAUUUUUGUAUUUGUGCCUUUAACCCGCAUAUAAGGACAAUGCAAUUGAAAACUAUACUUUGUGAUGAUUGUAGGAUCAGUGUUAUAUACUGAACUUUAUUCUGAGACUGUGUAAGCAUCUUAGAAAGCAUGUAAAAAGUACUGGGCUGCAUUUUAUUUUUAUUUAUCUUUUUGCAAUUAAUUUUAUUACAAAAAAGCAUUGUGUGAUUAUAAAUAAUAAAAAGUUAAAUAUUACCUGUUUCCAUUCCACAGAUCUUUCAAACCGUAAUUCUAAACUUGAUUGAAAAUUCACACGUUGCUAUUAAACAUAGGGCUUCAUAAUUCAUUUCAAAGUUACAAAAUAUCCAAUGUUUGGGGUGACACUACCUGAUUG